AAAAGCUCCAACCUUCGAAGAAGAAGUGGAGACAGAGAGGUCCGUAUCAGAUAGACAAAAGUCUUUCUUGUGUGGAGUUUAAACUCCACCCUUUGGUUCCUUGUAAGGAAACCCUGAAUACAUCGUCUGAAACUCUGAAUUCGGUGGUGGUGGUACUCUGAAUUGAUCAUGGCCGAGUUAGUAUUGGGGGCAGUUUUGGGAGCAGCAUUCACUGUGCUGCAGGAGGCGGUUAACAAGGCGACGGUCGGCAAGUUUAAGAAGUGUAAACCUCUAUUAGGAGCUCUCCAAUCGACACUGGACUCAAUACAGCCAUUGGUCAUCCAACAGAUUGGAGAGUACAACGAGAAGUUGAAGCUCCCAAACGAUGAAAUAGAAGCGCUUGACAGACAAAUGAGGGAAGGCGAGUACCUAAUUCGGAAGUUGUCGAAAUUGGGUUGGUGGAACCACAUCAGGUCUCGUCACACCAGAAAACUUAUCGAAUUGAAUGGAUCUCUUCAAAGACUCUUGAAACAUAUAGUGAUGCAGCAAGCAAGGGAUAUUAAGGAGAACUUGAUUGUGACCAAGCAAACCAAACAACAAAUUGCGGAAUUGCAAGAAGAUACGAGGAGGUUUGCUUUGGCACUGCAAGACAGCGGGAAACAACUUGUCGAGUUCCAAGAGCUGAAUGAGAGGCUAUUACAAGAACGUAUGCUGCUGCAAGAAGGAGCAAGGGAUUCGCAGAAGACUUUGUUUGCGGCACUCGAAGAGAACGGAAAACAACUUGUUCAUUUGCAUGGAGUGAUAGAAAAAAUGAUGAAGCAGCAGGGAUCAAAGGGUGCGACGGAUGCAGAAACAGAUGAUUCUGAUGAUGAAUGGUUGAAGCCUAACGAAGAAGAGGAUGAUCUGGUGGCACUAUCUGAUUUGCUGUAUGAGGGCGUACGACUACUUUUCGACAAGGAUGUCAUGGACAAACCUGUUCUUAAAAGCAUCGAAUCCACGCUAGCAGCCUCGUUACCACCACUCAAAGAAGUUUCCAGGCCCGCUGGGUUUAACGUGAAUGAGAUGCGAGUAGAGGCUGUCAUGAUACGAAUGCGAGAAGGAGUUAAGCUCUUUCGUCAGUGCUCAAACCUUCAAACGUGGAAUAUGUACAGGAAGUUCAAAUACGCCAACAAACUUAUUCAGUGGGAUGAGUCUCUUCGAGUAGAGAUUAAUAUUUUGUUAACACGGAAACACAAAAGUGAACCAACUACAUCAUAUGCCUCCAGGGAAAAAAAGACUCAAAGUGGUAACUAAGAACUCUCAACUUUAAGCACCCAUGUUACCACUUUAAAGACUAUAUAUUGUCGCACUUUUCAGGAUUUACUGUAAUUUACCACAUUACGAUAGUUUAAUGCAUGUUGUCAUACAUGAACACAAAUAGAAGUUUCCAACUUUAAGCACCCAUGCUAUCAUGAACAAAUAUUGGAAACGCAGCAUUCUUCUGAAGAGACUUUCAUCUUUUUUGUUCAAAAACUGUAAGAGUAUAAGAUGAAGA